AUGAAAAACCACAGUGUUGUCUCUCAGUUCUUCCUCCUGGGGUUAACUGCUGACCCCCAGAUCCAGGCUCUGCUUUUUAUUCUAUUUCUUAUCAUUUAUCUUCUGACCCUACUGGGGAAUCUUAUGCUACUACUAGUGAUCAAAAUUGACACCCACCUGCAUAUCCCAAUGUACUUUUUCCUGGGACAAUUGUCCUUUUUGGAUCUUUGUCACUCCUCUGUCACGGUGCCCAAACUUUUAGAGAACCUCAUGUCCAAACAGAAAUCCAUCUCAGUGGAGGGCUGCAUGGCUCAAGUCUUUUUCAUUUUUGCCACUGGAGGCACUGAGUCCUGCCUCCUUGCGGUCAUGGCCUAUGACCGCUAUGUUGCCAUCAGUUCUCCUUUGCUUUAUGGCCAGAAGAUGAGCAGACAGUUGUGUAUGGGACUGGUAUGGGGUUCCUGGAGCUUGGCUUUUCUGGAUGCUUUCAUCAACAUUCUUGUAGCUCUUGAUUUAGACUUCUGUGAUGGUCAAAACAUCCACCACUUCAGCUGUGAGUUGCCCUCUCUCUAUCCUUUGUCUUGUUCUGAUGUGUCAACAAGUUUUACUGCUCUGCUAUGUUCCAGCAUUCUGCAUUUCUUUGGAAACUUCCUCCUGAUAUUUUUCUCCUAUGUUCGUAUUUUGCUCACCAUCCUCAGCAUCAGCUCCACCACAGGCAGGAGCAAAGCCUUCUCUACCUGCUCUUCCCACCUCACCGCAGUGAUAUUCUUUUAUGGUUCAGGAUUACUCCGUUACCUUAUGCCAAAUUCAGGGUCUACUCAGGAGUUAAUUUUCUCCUUGCAGUACAGUGUGGUGACACCCAUGUUGAAUCCUCUCAUUUAUAGUCUGAAGAACAAGGAGGUCAAGGCAGCAGUGAGAAGAUUGCUAAAAAAAUCUUUCUGA